UAGCCAUGAAAAUAGGUGGGAAGACAAAAUGUAUAAUUAGCUCUCCCUAAACUCAAGGUUAAGACACCAAUUCAUUAAAUACUCAUUAAUAAUUUUAGAUCUCUUGAAAUAAACUAUAGUUUUAAUUUCUUUUUAUUUUUUUUAUAUCCACCGGCAAAACGAAACCACUGAGAACAAAAUAAAACUCUUUGAAUAUUCCUUUCCUUUUUUUUUUGUUCCCUCUAUUUUUUCUCCUUCUUCCUCAGCUCUUUGAUUUCGAAUCUUGAUCUCUGAGAUUGAGAAGACUCUCCAUUAAAAAGACGUGACUUUGCGGCAAACCCAAUUUCAAUUCAAAUUGAUUAAACCAAUCUCCAACGGAGUAGCGCGGGAAUCUCAAAUUUUGAUUGGUGGUCUGAAAACCCAAUGAGAAGAAGAAGAAUAGCGAUAAGGAACCAAUCAGAGACGAGGAAGGAGAAAGUUAGAUCGAGAAUCGUUGGGAGAUCGGGGAGGCAGAAUCUGAUAGACGGGAUCUGAUGUUGUGUUUGGGAUUGUUAGGAAUUAGGGUUUUCGAUUUUGUGAUUGUAGUGAGGCUGCAGGAGGGAAAAGGAUGCAGCUUCACAUAUCGCCUAGCAUGAGAAGCAUCACGAUCUCGAGCAGCAAAGUCGCAGCUCGUCAUAUCUCUUACCGAACUCUCUUCCACACUAUUUUGAUCCUCGCUUUCUUGUUGCCCUUUGUUUUCAUCUUAACCGCUCUUGUUACCCUCGAAGGUGCCAACAAGUGCUCCUCUAUUGAUUGUUUAGGGAGGCGGUUAGGUCCACGUCUUCUUGGUAGAGUAGAUGAUUCAGAGAGACUAGCUAGAGACUUUUAUAAAAUUCUGAACGAAGUAAGCACUCAAGACAUUCCAGAUGGUUUGAAGCUUCCAGAUUCUUUUAAUCACCUUGUUUCGGAUACCAAGAAUAACCACUAUGAUGCCAAAACAUUUGCUCUUGUCCUGCGAGCCAUGAUAGAGAAGUUUGAACGGGACAUUAGAGAAACUAAAUUUGCUGAACUUACCAACAAGCAUUUUGCAGCAAGCUCCAUCCCCAAAGGCAUUCACUGUCUCUCUCUAAGACUGACAGAUGAAUACUCCUCAAAUGCUCAUGCUCGUAGACAACUUCCUUCACCAGAGUUUCUCCCUGUUCUUUCAGAUAACUCUUACCACCAUUUUAUUCUCUCCACCGACAAUAUACUGGCUGCAUCCGUUGUUGUCUCAUCCGCUGUGCAGUCAUCUUCAAAACCAGAGAAAAUCGUCUUUCACAUCAUCACAGACAAGAAAACCUACGCGGGUAUGCAUUCAUGGUUUGCGCUCAACUCUGUUGCUCCUGCUAUUGUGGAAGUUAAAGGUGUUCAUCAGUUUGACUGGUUGACGAGAGAGAAUGUUCCGGUUCUGGAAGCUGUGGAAAGCCAUAAUGGUCUUAUGAACUAUUACCAUGGGAGUCAUGUCGCUGGGGCAAACCUCAGUGAAACUACUCCUAGAAGGUUUGCUUCGAAGUUGCAGUCUAGAAGUCCUAAAUACAUAUCUUUGCUUAACCAUCUUAGAAUCUAUAUACCAGAGCUUUACCCGAACUUGGACAAGGUGGUGUUCUUAGACGAUGAUAUAGUUGUUCAGAGAGACUUGGCUCCACUUUGGGAUAUUGACCUUGGUGGUAAGGUCAAUGGAGCAGUGGAAACUUGCCGGGGUGAGGAUGAACGUGUGAUGUCAAAGCGUUUAAGGAACUACUUCAAUUUCUCUCACCCGCACAUAGCAAAGCAUUUGAAUCCUGAAGAAUGCGCUUGGGCGUAUGGUAUGAAUGUCUUUGAUCUAAAAGCUUGGAGAAAGACAAACAUCAGAGAAACGUAUCACACCUGGCUAAAAGAGGUAAUCAAAGAACUCUCUUUAAGCAGAAUCUCAAGUUAUCUCACUCUCUUACUCUGUUUUGGUUUUGGUUUUGGUUUUGAGCAGAAUCUUAAGUCGAAUCUGACAAUGUGGAAGCUUGGAACGUUGCCUCCUGCUCUUAUUGCGUUUAAGGGUCACGUCCAUAUAAUAGACUCGUCAUGGCAUAUGCUUGGUUUAGGCUAUCAGAGUCAGACCAACAUUGAGAGUAUUAGCAAAGCUGCGGUGAUCCACUACAAUGGGCAGUCAAAGCCGUGGCUAGAGAUUGGUUUCGAGCAUCUCAGGCCAUUCUGGACAAAAUACGUGAACUACUCGAAUGAUUUCAUCAAGAACUGUCACAUCCUGGAGUAGCGAAUCCCGAAACUUUCAGAUGGGAUAUAUUGAAAGAGAAGGAGGAAGAUAUUAGAAAGAGAAAGAUAAAACAGGAGCACUAGAGGUUUUACUCACUCUAAAAAGAUUCAGAAAAUUUUAGCUGGCCACGUACAUAAGAGACUUGUUGCAGAGCAAAGGGAUGCAGCAUAAGAGUAAGGAAGAGAGAAAAGAAUCAUUCUUUCUGAAGAAUAUAAAGGGUACUCAUUUUUGUUUUGAAAUUCAUUCGGGAGAAUACGAACUCGUGAGGUGUUCUAUAAGAACGAGAAAGAUUGGAUUGGAUAUUUAUUUAUUUUGGUUAUUAAGGGGGGUGAUGACCAAAAAAGUUAGUUGUUGAUAGUUGAAGAACAAUGUAUAAAAGACUUUUGUUGCUUUUGCAUGUAUAUCUUAUAUCAUUUUGGUUCUUUAGAAAAGUAUCUUCUUUGGUGGCUGCUGUGAUAUGUAAAUGUAAUCACUUGAGCAGAAGUUGAUGGGUUUACUAAUAAUAAACUAAAGGGUGG